AUAACUUGUGGGCUAAGAUUGCCCGGUGGGCCUAGCUAAACCGGCCAUAACAAUGACGAAGAUGUACAGCUGAUGCACCUACAUGAAAUGAUGAUAAGCAAUCUUGCUUCUGUUGUAACUGUUGUUGAAAAGUACCACAUGGCCUACUUGGAUAAGAAUGAACCUAGGACUUCAAUUCUCAGUGGAAUGGGCUGGGUGAAAGAAACCUUGCGCACUCCAGGGGAGAGCCACCGCAUGUUCCGUAUGAAUUCUACAAUGUUUCACAAUCUGCAUGAUCUUUUGGUGAGUACGUAUGGUCUGAAAUCAACUACGCAUAUGAGUACUUUUGAAGCUCUACCACUCUUCUUGUACGUCUGUGGUGGAUGUCACUCAAAUCGGGGAGUGCAAAAUCGAUUUAAGCAUUCCGGUGGCACAAUCAGUAGAAAGUUUGAUCUUGUUCUGCACAGCUUGGUAAAGAUGUCUAAAGAUUUUGUGCGACCAAAAGAUCCAAACUUCUCUACUGUUCAUGAUAGGAUCAGAAAUGAUAGGAGGAUGUGGCUACAUUUCAAAGACUGCAUUGGAGCUAUUGAUGGAACCCACAUACUUGCAACUGUUAAGCCUGAGGAUGUCAUUAGAUAUAUUGGCAGAUCAGGUAGUACAACUCAAAAUGUGAUGGCUGUAUGUGAUUUUGACAUGUGCUUCACAUAUGCGUCUAUUGGCCAGCCAGGUGCUAUGCACGAUAGUGUGCUUUAUCAUGCAUUAGUCGCAGAUAAAGAUGUCUUCCUGCAUCCUCCGGAAGGUAUUUUUCUACUGUAUGUUCAUAUCAGAUUGUGCAUUAUUGCAUCUAUUUCAUGUUGGUGUGACUUACACAUCUAUAUUUCAGGAAAAUAUUAUCUUGCUGAUGUUGGCUAUCCAAAUCGUCCAGGCUAUUUUUCACCAUUUAAGGGACAAAGAUAUCACGUUCCUGACUUCCGAAGAGGUGUUGCUCCUAGUGGCGAGAAAGAAAAAUUUAACCAUCUGCACUCAAGUAUUCGGAAUGUCAUUGAGAGAACUUUUGGUGUAUGGAAGAUGAAAUGGCGAAUUCUUCUCAAGAUGCCAAGCUACCCAUUGUACAAGCAAAAGAUGAUUGUUGCAGCAACCAUGGCUUUGCACAAUUUCAUAAGGGAGCAUGGUAUGACUGAUAAGCAUUUUCGUAGAUUUGAUUGGAGUCCUAACUAUGUACCGACAAUACCGACGAGGUAUAGGAAAUAUAUUAUUUCUCAAGAUGCAUCAGACUCAUCAACAUCAAGCACGAGUGGUAGGUCAAUGGAUAAGUUCCGUGAUGACCUUGCAAAGGCAAUUGCUGAAUCUACAAGCUAGAUGUUGUGAAUAUUUUCUAUGUCAUACUAUUUUUUGUUCCGAGACAACUAUGGGUAGAACAUUUUAUUUCAUCUAUUUAGAUUGAUCAUGUUCAUUAUAUACACUUGGAUAAGUUGCUACACAUAUAACAUAUAUUGUUAUAUACAUAGACCACUCUGUUGUUGUGUGAUAAUAAUGGGACCACUUGUAGCACACACAUGUGAUGGUUAUAAUUGCAAUCAACGUAAGAUGAUGCUUCAGAAAAGCUCAAAAUGAAUUGUUAACUAACGCUCCAUACAAUAUUCCUAUUCCUAUAUACUCCCUCCGUCCGGAAAUACUUGUCAUCAAAAUGAAUAAAAGGGGAUGUAUCUAGAUGUAUAUUAGUUCUAGAUACAUACCUUUUUAUCCAUUUUGAUGACAAGUAUUUCCGGACGGAGGUAGUAAUAUGUUAAUGUUCACAACAUGUCAUGGUAUGCCGGACGUAUAUGCAGAGGGGUGACAAAAGUAUCACAAUCAAGGGUAGUAUGGUCUAUUUAUUCCUAAACCCACAAAUCAGUGUUUUAGGAGAUAGCCCAACACUCUUGUAAAGCUGAUCCACCUCAUCCAGAUCCUCAUGGGAGUGGAUUCUCGGAGGAUCAGGAGCAGGGAGCUGUAAAAUGAGGAUCUGGAGCUCUAACGAACA